CAAUGUCUGCUAUCAUGAACAUGAAUGGGUCUAAUUUCAAUGACUCGUACCAUGAAAUACCAUCUGAAGUGGUGAACAGUUCCAAACGAGAUAUCAUAAUAUACAGCAUUCUGUUCGUCAUAUCCGCGGCCGGAAAUAUAUCCGUUUUCACGGCUUUAUUGAGGAAUCGAAAUCGCAAACUAAGAAUCAAUUUAUUAAUAUUCAAUUUAGCCAUCGCUGACCUAAUCGUCACAUUCAUAAUGAUUCCUCUGGAGGUUGGCUGGAGGAUCACCGAGUCGUGGAUCGCCGGCGACUUUGCCUGUCGUCUCUUACAAGCGCUCAGGGCUUUCGGGCCAUACCUGUCGUCAAUGGUUUUGGUGUGCAUUUCAUUUGACCGAUACUUUGCUAUCAUUCACCCCAUGAAAGUGAAUGACGCCCAUCGCAGGAGCAAAAUUAUGCUCGCAUUUGCCUGGAUUAUUAGCAUUGUCUGCAGUGUCCCUCAGAGCAUCAUAUAUCACGUGGAGUCUCACCCGGAUUAUCCCAAGUUUGAGCAGUGCGUAACAUUUAACUUCUUCAAGACGUCUUGGAAGGAGACCUUCUAUAACACCUUCUGUGUGAUGGCUCUGUAUGUGGUACCCCUUCUCAUCAUUAUAUGCUGUUAUACCAGAAUAUUAUGGGAAAUAUAUCGCAGGUCUAAGAAUUCAUCAGAGGACAAAAAGCGAGAUGUGAGCAAUAAUAGCAAUAAUAAGCAGAAAUUGGGUGAUUAUUGUGGCUCGAAAUCAGGACAACUUCAUAACCAUAAGUACCAGAACUCAUACAUCAGUCGAAACCGAAUGCAUUUGAGGCGUUCAGACGCCACCCAAAUAGAGAGGGCUCGCACUCGGACUCUGCGAAUGACACUCAUUAUAGUAUUGGCAUUCGUGUGGUGUUGGACUCCCUAUGUGUUUAUCGUCUUAUUAUACCAAAUAGACUCGGAAUCGGCCAAAAAGCUGGACAACGGAACAAAGGAUACACUCUUCAUGUUUGCCGUCUCUAACUCUUGUGUCAAUCCUUUAGUUUAUGGCAGCUAUUCAUUGAACUUCAGGAGGAUUUGGAAGCGAUAUUUCGCUAACUUUUCAUUCGCUUCGUUCAGAAGAAAUGAUUCAAAUAGAGAUACAACUAAUUCUCGCAGAUCUACUUAUAUUGACGACAAUACAACUUAUUCUAACGUAGAGGUCAGUCCUCCCAGUCCUCUGUCAUAUGUGGCAGCCGUAGACCAAAAUGAUUCCUUGUCAUGAUAUACAUAAUGUACAUUGAUGAUAACUUACCACUAUUUUAUUAAACGUACAAAUGAUGCGAACAAUAUCCCGGUGCUAUACUCUAACCUUACAUUCCUAUCAAUGAAUCAAUACUCACCUAUCCAUCUAUUCCUCACAAUUUUAUUCCUUAUAUUCAUUGC